CGGUACAACAGCAAAACUCGCACUUUACGGCAGUUAUCUUCCACAUGGCCAUUUCCUCGUUCAUCGUCAUUUCUGAGGGUUAUUUCCUGAAAUUUGCGACCGAUUAACCUCGAAUUUUCCAGAUUUGCACUUUAAAACAAGUUCAGAAUGGGCAAAAGUAAGACGACAAAGUUUAAACGUCCUCAGUUCAAUGCUGUCGGACUACCUGUGACCGCCGUGAAGGAAGCGGCCGCAGAGGAGGAGGCAUUCGCGGACGACGACGACGACUGCCCGGCGGUGGAACUGCUGGAGAAAUUGGAGAGUCCCAGCGCGGAUGUAAGGGAGUGUGCAUGCGCCGGCAUCUCUCGGGUAGUCCAGCAGAGUCAGAGCAUCCCGAGCUUUCUACAGAGGGACGCAGUGAGGCGGCUUGGUCCCAUGUUGCUGGACAGCAGCCUGGCCGUCAGGGAGACCGCCGCCGGAGCACUCAGAAAUCUGAGCGCAUGUGGUGGCCCGCAGGUGUGCGAGGACAUGGUGAAGCGCGACGUCAUGACUCCUCUGACAGCACUGCUCAGAAACUGUUGCGCAGGUUUCGACGGUGCCGCAGUACCGACCAAAGAGCCAAAGAACCAAGCUGAGAACGUCCUCAAUGAGGCAGUGAGCCUACUGUGGAAUCUCUGCGAGAGCAGCAACCAGGCACUGUUCCUUUUCAACAAAUCAGGUCUUCUAGAUGUGGUAGUCCAUUGUCUGGAGAGACACCCCCACAACGUGGAGUUAGCCACUUCUGCUGCGCACUGUUUGCACACGGUGUCGGAGGACAACCCCGAGCUGCUGUGUAGCAUCAAUGGCCAUGUGCAUGGAGCUCUCGAGGGCAUACUGCUGUCAAACCAGCCUGGCAUGGCGCACACUCUCCUCAGAACACUGGCUGCAGGAUCACUGUGGAACAUGAUGGGAAGCCUCCCCGCUGCUCGCCAGGCUCAGACCCUCACAGCUGUGCUCACCACAGUGUCCCAAUGUCUGGAUUUGGACGCGGGUGAGCUCAUCCCUCAACUUCACAGAGCAGAGGAGGCACGCUUCAAGGAUGCUCCCCCCGCAUCAGGGAUAGAGGCGCACGUGAGCGGGGAGCCCGCUGUGGAGGAGAUGGAUGAGGAGGGAACAGCACAGCGAGUGAAAAAUGGAGAUUCCGAUGAUGACUUUUCUGAUCUCUUGCCUAGGGAGCUGGAGGAGUUGAGGGAGGCGGCGGCCUUGCUGACGGCCCAGCAGACGUCCCUGGAGAUCCUCGUCAACAUGUGCUGCUCUGACGAUCCCUCAGACGACGAGUGGGAGGAAUCGUCAAGUGGCGAUGAAAGUGAAGCGACGGCUGAUGGAUUUUCGAGCCUCAUGUCGCCGCUCUGUUUGUCGGCAGAGGUGCACGCUGCCCUCAUCAACCACAACAUCCCAGAAAAGGUGCUCAAAAAGACGCUGUUCCCCAAGCAAGAAGCCAUGGACGUGUGCCGCCAGACUACCAACUGGAGAGGCCUUCAAAAGAAAAUGCGGCGCGUCCAGUCUCGUGCCCUCACGUGCCUCCACAGCAUCCUGUCCGGCAUGGACGCCGAGUCUCUGGGCGGGGCAGAAGCCCUGCAGCAGGCUGCGCAGCACUUGUCCGCGCUGGUUUUUGGAGCACCAGAGAUCCCUAAAGAUGAGGAGUUCCUGGAGGCAGUCAUCAGUGCGAUGCGGGCUCUUUUGCAGAUGACCACCUCGAAAAACAUCCCUCUGUCGAUAAACUUGCAGCAGCUAAUGAGCCUCAGUGAAGCUGCUUCCCGCUGUGAUGUUGUCAGCGUGAGAGUCAACGCAGUCGCCAUCCUGGGCAUCACUGGCAGCACCCUCGCCAAAGAGAAAGGCUCAGCUCCAACCCUUGAGAUGAUUGGGAGCGGCUUGCUCCAAGUCGCAACCAAUGAUGCUGACCUGGUCGUUAACGGCGAGGCCUUAGACGCCCUUUUCGAUGUGUUUGCGGAUGGCAAGGAGGCCGAGACGGCGGCCAAGAGCAUCCAGUUACUUCCUGCUUUGAAGAUGCUUCAGCCUGUCUUUAAGGCCAAGAUCCGGAAGGCGGGCAGAGACGAGUACAGCCCGCAACAGCUGUGCGUGCUCGACAACGUCAGAGUCAAUCUGAGGCGAUUCAUCGGCUACCUUGAGACUCUGGCCAAGAAGUGACCGCAGUAUGGUGGUGAAAACCAUCCAGUAUUUAUUAUUUUUAAUGUUGUUUAUUUUGGUUUGGCCUGACUCCUAAGUUUAUAUUUGAGGUUUCUUUACUGUGAAGAAAUCAACUGCUGGUUGAAGUUGACGGUAAGAGAUCAUUCUCGAUUGAUAUCAUAAAUCAGGGUUUCCGAAACUCAGAGUGCAGGAUCCAAAAAUGUCUUCCUUUUAUUAUUUAUUGGGGGUUUCCUAAGUGCCAUACACUAUGUAAUAGAAUUGGACAAUUAAUGCAUCAAGUGCCUUACAACAGGCUUCUCAUCCUUUUUGUGUCCAGGAACCCCUUACGUUGGAGAAUUGACGUGUCAUAAAAUUAUGGGGUUCUUAGUUUACAAUUGAGCCAUGGUCAAUUUACUCCAUGAAUG